GAAACAAUAUGUUUACGAACACACACAACCCAUUUAACCUGUCUUGAAAACAUCUUUCCUACGUUAAUCCAAUUUUCAAAGUAAAAACAUAUCGAAUUCCAACUCAUGAAUACACGCCAGAAUCUCCCAAUGACAGCAACUUGACGACCACUCUGUACCAGAUCCCUUUCUUCAUCGUCUUCUCAACCCUCCAGCUUCAACUCCAUGUGAUCUUCACAACCCAAUUCUUCCUUCUACCCCCAACAUGUCUGUAGUUUGCGGAGCCGAGUGCUUCCUCGCCGUCGGCUGCCUCCGCUGGCUCUGGAAACGCUGCACCUACGUCGGCGGCGACGACAGCGCCACCUGGCCCCAAGCCACCGCCGCCGAGUUCGACUCCGUCCCCCACCUCUGCCGCAUCAUCCUCGCCGUCUACGAAGAAGACCUCCACCACCCCAAAUCCCCACCCCUCGGCGGAUAUCGGUUAAACCCUAAUUUUGUUGACAAACGAGUCACUUAUCAAGAAACCUUAGGUCAAGCUCCACCCUACUUGAUCUACCUUGAUCAUGAUCGUAAAGAGAUUGUGUUAGCUAUUAGAGGUCUGAAUUUGAAGAAGGAGAGUGAUUACAAAUUGUUGUUGAACAAUCGGUUGGGUAUGCAGAUGUUUGAUGGCGGGUAUGUGCACCAUGGGUUGUUGAAAUCGGCCAUCUGGUUGUUGAAUAAGGAGUCUGAGAAUUUGAAACACUUGUGGUUGGAGAAUGGGGCUUGUUAUAAGAUGGUGUUUGUUGGGCAUUCCCUUGGGUCUGGUGUGGCGGCCUUGUUGACUGUUAUUGUUGUCAAUCAUAGGGAUAGGUUGGGUGGGAUUCCCAGAGACUUGGUUAGGUGUUUUGCUCUUGCUCCCGCCAGGUGUAUGUCGCUUAAUUUGGCCGUUAAGUAUGCUGAUGUUAUCUAUUCAGUUGUCUUGCAGGAUGAUUUCUUACCAAGAACAGCCACCCCAUUGGAAGACAUAUUCAAAUCGAUUUUCUGCUUGCCCUGUUUGAUCUUUUUGGUUUGCUUGAGGGAUACUUUCAUACCAGAAGGUAGAAAACUAAAAGAUCCAAGAAGAUUAUACGCUCCGGGCCGGAUUUACCAUAUUGUAGAAAGAAAAUUUUGCAGAUGUGGGAGAUACCCUCCAGAGGUAAGAACUGCAAUUCCCGUUGAUGGUAGAUUUGAACACAUUGUUCUAUCAUCACAUGCUACAGCUGAUCAUGCAAUUAUCUGGAUUCAUCGAGAAGCGGAGAAAGCUUUAAAUUUAAUGAAGGAGAAGAGUUCAGAAACAAUGACAACAGCACCAACAGUACAAAAGUUUGAUCGGCUGCAGUCGAUAGAGAAAGAACACAAGGAUGCUUUAGAAAGAGCCGUGUCCCUCAACAUACCACAUGCUGUCGAUGCCAAUAAAAACGAAGAUGAAGAUGAAAACGAACCUCAAGAAUCCUUGUCAGCAUCUACGGACAGUGAAGACCAAUCAUCUGCUGACAAGCUGGCAUCAAAACAUCAAGAUCUUGGCGACAUAAGUGGAGGUAGAGACACCUCAACUACAAAAUCGGAACCGGGGGAAACAAAGUGGGAUAUUCUUGUUGAGAGACUGUUUGAAAGGAGUGGUUCAGGUAAGUUCAAAGCAAGAAAAGAUAUAAAUAUAAACACCAGUGACACAUGAUAUGAUAUUGAAAUUUUUGUUGGCUAAUUUGAGCCUCUUAACUUGGUGGUGGUUGAGCGUGUACAAGGCCAGAUUGUUUGCCAACCAUUUUUUUUUUUUUUUUUUUUUUUUUUUUUGCAGUUUCUUAAAAUCAUUCUAUUUGUAUAUGAUCAUGUUCAUGUGCGACUUAUAUUAAUUUAACAAAAAAUUAAGACA